GCCGGUUUUCCUUUUCCUAUCUCUUUAGUAACCGUCCAAUAGAUAUAGCACCCACACGAAAAACUACAUAGUCCAUACCCCCCACCUUAUUAUAUUAAUUAACCAUACGCUUUUCGUCACUUUUUGUUCUAAAAUAUAUACUCGUAUUCCCCGAAGGGAUACAACUAGCUUCAAUGAAGAAUCUACCAUACCCCGUUGCCCUCCUCGCGGCAUUCAUCUGCAAAGCCCGAGCCGCUGACUUUAUCAUCGCUGGCGGCCAGAUAUUUACACCUGGGUUUGCUGUUCUUGAUGCGCCUCAGCCAGGCACACCGUUAGGUGGAGAUACUAUCGAGGUAGCUCUCGAUGUGACCGCCAAUGGCAAAUUACGUCUACCUCCCUAUGGUGAUGAUAGCCCCAGUCGGAUCAACAACAUCACCAUCUUCCUCUACAGCUAUAACACGGGAAGGAACUUCACAAUAACGAAUGGAACGGCCUCGAUAAAUGAUAUAAGCCUAGGCAACAUCAUGGAGUCCGAACCGGGAAGCACUGUCAAACAUGUCAAGUGGCAUUGGCCAGAUUGUCUCAUCGGCGAUGGAAAGCCGGACACCGCAGAUAGUGAUCGUGGGGCCUACAACAUAUCCAUCCGCCAAAACUUCCGUCUUAACGGGGAGGAUCACUACACAAUAUUCGACGUACCAAUCUCAGUCACGAAUAAGAUUGAAUUCACCGGGGACAAUCCGCCUUGUGACCUAGUGAAUAACCCUUUGCUCACACCAGAGGAGAUCGACGCCGAGUCUGCUAAUAGUGUCGGCAUUCUAUUCGCACCCGGAGACUUUACCAUCAUCCAACAGCCUAACUCUAUUGACGACAACCUAGAAAAUGGUCUUGGAAGUAGUGCUAAUACGCUGAGGUGGAAGCUGCCAUCAGAAUGGUUUUCUUUAUUCCUCAUUGCAUAUUUAUGUAUUCUAUAGGCUGGUGUAUUGGCUUAGAUCUAUAACGAUCUUCUAGCCCAUCAAUAUUCUCUACUAGGCUUCAGCAGCUAGGAAACUCUCCCAAGGGAUGAAACCCCUUAGCGUAUAUACCACAAUACCUCUACCGAUCCCUUAUUAUAAGAUACCCGAGGUCAUGAUCUAUUAUCAACACCAUAAUCUCUACCAGCUGCAAUGAUGUUUCUGAAUUACAAAAAGCGUUCCCCUAGAGGUACCUAUGAGUCUCGCCAAGCUUAGACUAAUUCUUGCGGCUCAUACAAAGAAUUACUUAACUUAUGACGUAGGCCUAGCUAGUUAGUACUUGAGUCAUAAUUCUAUAUCACUUGAAUUAAAUUAGGGCAUAAGUAGUAGUAG